CCGGGCGAGCGCGCCGAGGCUGAGCCGGCAGGUAGCGGCUCCAGCGCCGGGACUGCGCCAGCCCUGCGAGCCAGGGCCGCCAGCGCCACCGUGCCGGCGUCGCGUCCUCGCCAGGGAGCCAUGGUGCGCGGAGCGCGCACGCCGCGCGCGGGACUCUGAGCUUCGGCUUUGCCGCGCGCCCCCACCUCCCCUCCUACCUCCGGGCUUUCCCACCGACCUCUCCCGCGGGCCAUGAAGCUUUGGCCCGCAGCCCCUCACCUCUGAGCCUCGCGUCGCCCGCUCCAGCCCCAGCGCCGCUCGGCCACAGAUAGCACUCUGGCCCCUGAAGCUCCCCAUCCUCUCCCAGGGAGGGCACCCAGGCGCUCCGGGAUGGCGCUCCGCGGGUCCCUCCGGCCGCACAAAGUUCGCAGGAGGCGAGAGAUGCUGCCGCAGCAAGUUGGCUUCGUGUGCGCGGUGCUGGCUGUGGUGUGCUGUGCGUCCGGCCUCUUCGGCGGCUUGGGGCACAGAACAGCUUCUGCUAGCAAACAUGUUCUGCCAGACACGUGGAGAAACAGAAAGCUGAUGGCACCAGUGAACGGGACUCAGACAGCGAAGAAUUGCACAGAUCCUGCGAUCCACGAGUUCCCCACAGACCUGUUCUCCAAUAAGGAGCGACAGCAUGGAGCCGUCCUACUGCACAUCCUCGGUGCUCUGUACAUGUUCUACGCCUUGGCCAUCGUGUGCGAUGACUUCUUUGUUCCGUCCCUAGAGAAGAUCUGCGAGAAACUCCAUCUGAGUGAAGAUGUGGCUGGAGCCACCUUCAUGGCUGCAGGAAGCUCGACGCCCGAGCUGUUUGCCUCUGUUAUCGGUGUGUUCAUCACCCACGGAGAUGUGGGGGUUGGGACCAUCGUGGGCUCUGCCGUGUUCAACAUCCUGUGUAUCAUUGGAGUUUGUGGAUUAUUUGCGGGGCAGGUGGUCCUUCUGACGUGGUGGGCCGUGUGCCGAGACUCCGUGUACUACACCCUCUCUGUCAUCGUGCUCAUUGCCUUCAUAUAUGAUGAAGAAAUUGUGUGGUGGGAAGGCCUGGUGCUCAUCAUCUUGUACGUGUUUUACAUUCUGAUUAUGAAGUACAACAUGAAGAUGCAGGCCUUUUUCACAGUCAAACAAAAGACCAUUGCAAAUGGCAACACGGUCAACAGUGAGCUGGAAGAUGGUAAUGAUUACUGUGAUAGUAGCUCUGAUGACCCUUCCAUGCCACUGCUGGGGCAAGUGAAGGAGGAGCCAGCGUACAGCAAAAACCCGGUGGUGAUGGUAGACGAGGUCAUGAGCUCCAGCCCUCCCAAGUUCAGCUUCCCGGAGGCCGGCUUGCGCGUAAUGAUCACCAAUAAGUUCGGGCCCAGGACGCGGCUGCGGAUGGCCAGCAGGAUCAUCAUUAACGAGCGGCAGCGACUGAUCAACUCGGCGAACGGCGUGAGCAGCAAGCCGCUUCAGAACGGGAGACACGAGAACAUCGAGAACGGGAACGUUCCCGCGGAAAACCCCGCAGACCCUCAGCGGGAGCAGGAGCAGCAGCCCCCGCCCCCGCCACCACCCCCGGAGCCCGAGCCGGUCGAGGCUGCCUUCCUGUCCCCCUUCUCCGUGCCCGAGGCAAGAGGGGACAAGGCCAAGUGGGUGUUCACCUGGCCACUCAUCUUCCUCCUGUGCAUCACCGUCCCCAACUGCAGCAAGCCCCGCUGGGAGAAGUUCUUCAUGGUCACCUUCGUCACCGCCACGCUGUGGAUCGCCGUCUUCUCCUACCUGAUGGUGUGGCUGGUGACCAUUAUAGGAUACACACUUGGGAUCCCUGAUGUCAUCAUGGGCAUUACUUUCCUGGCAGCAGGCACGAGCGUUCCAGACUGCAUGGCCAGCUUAAUCGUGGCGAGACAAGGCCUUGGUGACAUGGCGGUCUCUAACACCAUAGGAAGCAACGUGUUUGACAUCCUAGUUGGACUCGGCAUACCGUGGGGCCUGCAGACCAUGGUUAUUAAUUGUGGAUCCACAGUGAAGAUCAACAGCCGGGGUCUGGUCUAUUCCGUGGUCUUGCUGCUGGGCUCUGUUGCUCUCACUGUCCUUGGCAUCCAUCUAAAUAAAUGGAGGCUGGACCGCAAGCUGGGGAUCUAUGUGCUGGUUCUCUACGUCAUCUUCUUGUGCUUCUCAAUAAUGAUCGAGUUUAACGUCUUCACCUUCGUCAACUUGCCGAUGUGCCGAGAAGAUGAUUAAAGCUGAGCCGCCCCCCCGGGAGCUGUUCUGGACACUCUGGCGCCGGCAUCCUCCUUUCUCUCCCCUUCCCGCACCAUGAGUCUCUCCACGUCGGCAGCCGCCGUCUGUUCUUUCAUACACUGGAAGGAAGAGCCAUCGUGGUCUUUGUCUGGUCACGGGCCAGGGUGCUGGGCGUCCUCCUUGGAGUUCUGCCCCCCAAGGCAAGAUCUGGGGGCCGCUAUCUGAGCAGCUGCACAGACCUCUGAGCUGCUAGCCACAGGGAUGUGGCAUGUGUCACAUCUCUUUCGACACUUGAGUCAGAAGGACGUCUCUGUUCCGUCUGUGCUUCUAUUGCACUGCAGCCGCGAAAAUGAGGCGGUCGGUGAGCGUGAGGCCUCCAGGGACAAGUGCAAAAUAGGACUGUUGUUCUCAAGUGUCACCUCUGGGCCAGAGGGUGUGGGUCCCUUAGGCAGCAUGUGCCACUUAGAGCCUCUGACUGCUGCUGGAAGCACUCACGGUUGAGACGGGGCAAGGCCUCAACCUGUUGGGGGUUUGGGGCCAUGAGGCAGACGGUCCACCCCUUUUUCUGGAAGCAUUGGAAGAAUGGAAACAGUUGUUCACAGCAGAAGAGAGAAAGCGAGUGAAUAUUCUUAGCACUUUUAUGGAUGCAUUCAGAGAAUGAGCAAUGAAAUAUUAAAAAUAAAAUGUCAUAUAAAUCAUCAUACUUGAAAAAUAUCAUUCCACAUAAAAAGAUGGGGACCAAAAAGGUAGCACUUAGGGAAAACGAAUCCUAUGUAUAUCGUGUUGCACUGGCACUAAGACGUUUGGUCUGGAAUAUAGAAAAGAGUGAGAGACUAAUGUCUAAACGGGCGCUAACUCAGAGACACAGUGGAGAUUGUAGUUCACAGCCGUACAUUCCAGACCUUCUGUGCGACGCGACGCGCUGUCAGUUUGGGUUUGUCAUGUCUCUGUUAUUGCUCUACUCUCAAAACCACCCUGUUCAAAGACCUAAUUGUUUGUAGGCCCAACAAAUUUCAUAGCCUGCUGAACUGGAAUGAGUGUGCCGGAAGUAAUGGUUAAUGACAAGAAGAGAGAUUUCCUGAAAAACAACCAAUUGUUCUCCGGUUAGCUGGAGGCAAGUAUGAAAACCACCACUUGGAAUUUUUAGAACGAAGUUUCUUGAACCUUAGAGUUUGCUACCCAUGAAAGGCUAAGGAUGGGAGGCUGAUUCAAAAAUAGA